AUGACAUCAAUGUCUUAUCAAUAUCUUGUGGGAGUGACAACAGUGAGUACUAUAAUACAUGAAACGUGCAAAGCAAUUUGGGAUUAUUUGUGCCCUUUGGUUCUUUCAAGCCAGCUUGAAGAAAAAGACUGGUUAAAUAUCGCCAAUGAUUUCAAUGAAAAAUGGAAUUUUAUUCACUGUAUUGGAGCCAUAGAUGGCAAGCAUGUUAUUAUUCAAUGUCCCAAUAAUGCUGGAUCAGCGUUUUUUAAUUAUAAAAAUAGUCACAGUAUAGUACUCAUGGCCAUCUGCGACGCAAAUUACAUUAUUCGAUUUGUGGAUAUUGGGGCUUAUGGCCGAAGAAGUGAUAGCGGUAUUUUUAAGGAGAGUGCUAUAGGAAAAGCGUUCGAUGAAAGUCGAAUGAAUAUCCCACAGCCAGCAGCGAUUAAGGAAGGGGGACCUAUUUUACCAUAUUGUCUUGUAGGAGACGAAGCCUUUCCUUUAAAAUCAUACUUACUUCGUCCGUAUCCGGGAAGAGGUGGACUUACACCAGAACAAGAUAUAUACAAUUAUCGUUUGAGUCGUGCAAGACGAAUAAUAGAAAACACAUUCGGUAUAAUCGCUAGUCAAUGGAGAAUAUAUAGAAAACCAAUUAUCGCCAGUCCUGAAAAUGCAAAGCUAAUGGUUCAGGCAACUGUUUGUCUCCAUAAUUGGCUUCGUCGACAGGACAAUGAUAUAAACAUGUAUAUUCCUCCAUCUGUGAUCGAUGUCGAUGAUUAUCAAAAUGGCUUUAAACCAGGAACUAAAUAA